UUCUUCUUCUCCUCCUGCAGCAGGUCGCCUGGAUCCCCGAGGAGUCGGAGCAGCGACUCUCCUCGCCUCCGGGGGAAGGACUCCCCCCGCCCCCCCCGCCUGAGGGGUCGCGAGUCUCCUCGAUCCAAAGCCAAGAGGAAUCGCUCCAAAGGGACGGACUCGCCUCGCUCCAGAGGAUCCCAUUCGCCCGCCGCCAAAACCACCGACUCCCCUCGCCUGAAGGACUCGCCGCGGACGAAAACCUCAGACGCACGUUCUCCAAAACCCAAGACCGCGUCGUGUAGCGGCUCCUGUCCCAAGGACGACGACUCUGCCGCGCCGAAGGCGCCCGAAUCAGCGGCGGGCGCCGGAGGACGCGACUCGUCCCCGGUUGAAGACGCCGAGUCCCGACGAGGACUCGCCGACUCGCCGCGUCCAAAUCAGAACUCGCCGAGCGUUUCCGGGUCCUUCGAGCCGUCACAGCCCAGAACCCCCGACAACACUCGGCCCGGGACGCCGCCGGCCUCGCCGCCCACCACGCCAGAGUCGGACCUGCGGCGGCGGCGAGAGGAGGCGGAGCGCCUCCUGGAGGAGGCCGUGUCCUCGUGGAAGGAGGCGCAGGAAGUCCUGCAGGAAGUGAAGGAGCUGCAGAGCCAGACGCUGCGGCGGCAGCGCCGGAGAACCUACGAGAAGAUGGCGUCGACCGCGGCGGCGGGGUCGCCCACGGCAACCGCGGCGGCAGCGGCAGACGAGGACGACGCCCCGAACUCUGCAACAUCCCCCGAAGACGAGUCCGAGACGCCGUGACGACGGCGACUUUCUUUCUUACUGUUCCUUCAGUUGAAGUCUCGAAGGACCUUUUUCAGCAUGACAACCAGCAAAAAAAUGAAAACACUGACCGAAUUUGCAUAAUUUUGGGGUGAUUUUUAAAUAUUUUGCAUCUUUUA